CCAAAACAGAGGUUAAGAGGUUAAACAACCAGCGGCAGCGCGGGAUCAGCAGGAGGUGCUCGCCACGCGUGUUGCGGCCGUGGUUCUGCCCGCGGGUUGUAUAUAGCCCGAGAUUUGCCUUCACAUAUUUACAGGCCUUUAAUAUAUAACACAUGGUAGCGUGAGGAUCUUGUGUUCCUUAAAUAAUGACUGCGCUAGAUAAUCAUUGGGCUUGCCCGAAAUUAUCCUAAGGGCACCCUUUUGUAGUCUAAACAGUCUAUUGCAUUCGGCUGCAGUGGCCCACAGCUCUACACCUUGAAUCAAAAUUGAGUGGAAAUACCCAUAGCAUGCAACUUGGUGGUAAUUAGUGACGUUUAUGACGACCAGUCUGGCCUAGUGGGUAGUGACCCUGCCUAUGAUGCUGAUGGUCCUGGGUUCAAAUCCUGGUAAGGGCAUUUAUUCGUGUGAUGAGCAUGGAUAUUUGUUCCUGAGUCAUGGGUGUUUUCUAUGUAUUUAAGUAUUUAUAAAUAUUUAUAUAUAUUAUAUAUAUAUCGUUGUCUAAGUACCCUCAAUACAAGCCUUAUUGAGCUUACUGUGGGACUUAGUCAAUUUGUGUAAUAAUGUCCUAUAAUAUUUAUUAUUUAUUAGUGGAAAUAACACAUCAUAUGUUGUGUACAGUCGCCAUCAGAUAUAUCGGAGCGGCCAAGGUGCUCAUAAAUAUCUGAACACUCCUCUAUUUUCAAGACGCUAGAGUGCAUGUCCAGAUAUUUUUGAGCACCUCGGCCGCUCCGAUAAAUCUGAUGGCGACUGUACUAAAUAAAUCUAAAUAUCGCUCAAGGUACAUACUGUCAAUUAAUCAAAUUAAAUCAUGAAUUAUAUUACCUAUGUAUAUAUACAAGGAUGCGUCAAUCGAUGUAAUCCGGAGAUAUCGGCCACAUCAGGCAAUUAACAGUACUGGUAUAUUAGAUUCACACAUUGGUUUAAGAGCCGUCAGUUGAAUAACAUGUUGCAGUUGCUAGUAGUGGCGCUCUUGGCAUCAGCUGCGGUGGCGGAAGAGGCCGAGCCCGCGGAAGCGGCGGCAAAACCGGUGCCUUUGGAGGCGAAGCCGUCUGAGAAAGCGGAGCAGACUGUGAUGAAAGACGCGGAGUCUAUACAUCGUAACCGUCAGCACCUGGACGACUAUUAUGACUAUCACGACCAUAACAACCUUCUCUACCUCAAGGCUAAGCUUGAUGGGCCUGAAAGUCAUCGUGAAGGUCCUAUCAUAGCUCGCAACCUUCCCAGUCAACACGAAAAGGGACAUGUUAACAUUGCUGAGCAAGAUGAGAUCAUCAAGUUCACAUAUAGCCCUGCGUAUUACGAACCUAUUUGGGUUCUGGACUACAGAUUCCUAAAGUCAGGUGGCAGGAGGUACACGCGGGGACCGGGAGGACAGGUCCUUAUUCUUCCGAGGAGCUACCAGCAUUACAAGGGGGAUGGCACCGGUGACUACGACCAAUUGGUCGAGUUUUGGCGCUUGAAGUUGAUUGCCGAACAAAAAAAGAGAAUGCACGAAAACGGGCUGGGUGGCCAUGGAUAUGGACAUGGACAUCAACACCACGGAUAUGGAGAAUAUGAACAUACUGACAUGGAAAGAGAACCAAUGUACCGGGAAAGGGAGAAUUUGCACCGGGAAACAGGACGUAUGCACGGAUAUCAUUAAUGUCAAACCCACUGUACUAAUCGUGUUUUUACUAUUCCGACAAAAUGAAAUGUAAUAAUUAAAACAUUAAAUCAUAA